CGCCGAAACAACAACUGCCUUAUUCCAAUCGGGCAUCAAUUACACGAGCAGUCUUCCAUGGCAUCCCACUUGAGCCGCGCGCAUUAGUACUGUUUAUUGUACUGCUUCUGCUGUAGGGUUUCGCGUCUCCCCUCGCCCCGAACUCGUCUGCGUCGAUUCCAGGACCCUUGCGCAGGGAGCUGCCGAAGCCUGUUGCGACAUUCCACAGCUGCAACCACACUAUCGUCGGAGCAGAUAUGCGACAGUCCCACGGAGCUCGUCGAUAGCAUGAAGGCUGUGCUCCCCGGCAGGCCUGAAGCCCGGCUUCAGGCUGUCGCAGUCGGCUCCUGGCAGGGCAGGCGCACAAUCGUUUAUGCGACUGGCAAUGCCCUCGCCAUCCUUUCCGACCCAGACACCAUCCACCAGACCAUCUACGAUGAGGACGAACGCAGCCUCGAGGCCGUCGCAUUCGAUGAGAGGUCCGGCAAGAUAGCCGCCGCCACUGGGACAACUGUCAGGAUCUACCAACCCAUCGACCUGGACGAGGAUACUCUGAAGUGGGCGCUGCAAGCGUCUUUUGAUAUCGAUCACGACGGCUCGACUACCGCGACUCUUUCAUGGGGCAACUCGGAGGAGCUGCUCGUGGGAGGAACUUGCCUUGCACUCUACGACACGAACCAGACCCCUCCUCUCCGACACUGGCAGGAGAAGCUGGCCAAUCCCGUUCGUACAGCCGAGCUUUCAUACGACUCGGCAUACAUCGCUUCUGUUGGAUACCACGACAGACUCGUCAAGGUGUGGAGGCGACUCAACUUUGGCUCCGAAGAAGUCCAUUUCGAAUUCGGCUAUCUGCCACACCCACAACGCGUAGCUAGGAUACAAUGGCGGAGGCCAUUACAUGUUGACCAGACCAUCGAGAACGUCUUAUAUACAUUCUGUUCCGAUCAGACUUUACGAAUCUGGACGGGCGCGGAUGGUCACGGGUGCCAGAAAUUGCGACUUUGGGGCAAAUUAGACCUGGCGCAAGCCAUCCAGCAUGAAGCCGGCAGUGCCGAGGAAGGGCACAAUGCGCGCUGGGCAUUCAUUGUUGGCCAACGCGACAUCGCCAAUGCUGUGGAGAAGGCGGUUCAAGAGCGGGGUGACGGUGACGUCGCCCUCCAGUAUCUCCUCUCCAUCGCCAACCGCGACACGGAGUUGUGCAUUGUCUUUGAUGGUCGGCAGAGCAUGUCAGCCUGGGCCCUAGAGGGAGUCAGCGCCAAAACUGCCGGUACGAAUCGCAUCGACAACGUUGCCUACGUCAAGUCCGAUGACUUUAUUUUCGUCAAGUCUUCACAGGAACCACUGCAUGUCGAGAUCCUCAACUAUUGCAACAAUGGGGAGGGAACACUUCAUAUCCUGCAGCAUCGUUUCGACGGACGAGUACUGACAUACGACAGCGAUCUUGUUGAUCUGCUAGAUCCCACAGUACGGACGGCCCGUAUCGUGCAGCAUGCAACCUGGUCCGGCCAUUCAAGAUCCGUCAAGAAGAUUGUCCGCAAUGUGAGUGGAAAGGCAGUGGUGUCGCGGACAGAGACUGGCGAGAGCAUACUAUGGAGGCAUUCCACAAGAGCGCGGCUGCCACGACUUUCCAGACAGGCCGUCAUCCCUGAGACUCGCCAUAUUCACCGGAUAUGCCUACUUCGAGACGGACGCUUCGUCGUGUUCUUGCAUCACGACAGCAUCGCACUGUGGGAUUGUAGGACGCAACAGCCGCAGCUCCUCGAUGAGUGCCGCUACAACAUUUCCGGCAAGCCGCUUUGUAUCCUCGUAUUGCCACGCGAAAACGUCAAAGACGACUCAGUGGCGCACAUCGCCACGAUAACCUCGAGCCAGCGUGGGGUGGUGUGGAAGGUCUGUCUACCAGGACCUGCGCAGAAUGGUGGCCAUGCUCAAGCGAACGGCCACGCAAAACCGUCCGUUGAAGAGUUCUGCAGAUUCGAGCUGGGGGGGUCCAGCGACUUGUCCUACGUCUUGCCUGUUGACCCAGCUGGGUCAUCACGCGUGGUGUCAGGCUUCCUUGACGUGUUCGCACGAGAUGUGGCUGUGUCGUACACGCAUUCUGGCCGUGUCGAGUUUUGGACAGCAAAGAUUGACAGCGAGCAGAAACGGGUCGAGUGGCUUUCAACAGCCGCCAUGGAGACCGGACUUCCUAACCCAUCCCUUGCCAGCGGCAGCACGAUGAAGAAAGCGGCUUUGGUCAACAAGGAUCGAUCAGAACUCAGCAUAUGGGACAUUAGAGGUGCUCGACUAGAGUAUGCUCAGCAGUUUGAGAAUCUCAACACAAUACAGGACCUCGAUUGGACCUCUACUCCAGACUCACAAUCGAUACUUGCUGUGGGCUUCCCCUACCGUAUCAUAUUGCUCGCACAGCUACGUUUCGACUACCUCAAUCAUGGGCCGGCAUGGGCAUCGAUUAGGGAGAUCAACAUCCGAGAUUUUACGCCGCAUCCGAUUGGCGAUUCUACGUGGCUUAGCGAUGGAAACCUUGUCAUCGGAGCAGGCAACCAGCUCUUCAUUUACGACAGGAUGACUUCCGCGACGGAAUCUGUCAUCCCAGCUACACGUCUAUCGCAGCACGGCAAAGACAAGGCGAGAGACACUUUCGAGAUGGUGCAAAGGCUGAAUGGUCCUUUGCCUGUCUUCCAUCCCCAGUUCCUGAGCCAGUGCAUCAUGUCUGGGAAAACUCAGAUUGUGCGACGCAUCUUGUUGGCGCUCAAUUACACCUUGAAGUACCACGUCGAGGGUGAGAUCAUUGAUGACUAUCUUGAUCUCGACCUUGCAGAAUUCUACGCUGGUGACCAGGUGCCCACUUCCAACGGCCGAGGCGAUGCCGGCGCUCUGGUGAGGCGGAUGUCUUUUGACGAGACGGACGAGGCCUUCACCGAGGAUACAGCUGCAUCAAUCUGUGAAAUGUUGCAAAAGGUCACACUUCCUCAACUGUCGGGUCAUGAGCAGAUUCAGCUACUGGACAUUGUUGAAUGUGCAGGUGUCGUAGAGAAGCAGAGAAGAUCCAUGGACGAGAACGGCGCCAGGUUUAUGCUAUUCUUCCGGCAGCACGCCUUGCGGAAAGGUCGGACGAAUGCCAUCCAGCUGUCGUGGCGUGAGACAUCCUGGGCAUACCACUCUACCAGCCAGGAUAUCCUCACAGAUUUCGUGUCGCGCCAGUAUCACGGCAAACUGCUUUGGGAAAAUGCCAGAGAAAGCGGAAUAUUCAUGUGGCUUGCAGAUGAAGCUUCAGUGAAAGCACAAUUUGAAAUCGUGGCACGCAACGAGUACACUCGCAGCGAGAUGAAGAACCCGGUUGACUGCAGUAUCUAUUAUCUAGCCCUCAAGAAGAAGGUCGUCUUGCAGGGGCUCUGGCGGAUGGCUACCUGGAACAAAGAGCAGGCCGCCACUACCAAGCUGCUGUCCAAUAACUUCCAGGAUCCCAAGUGGCAGACAACAGCUUUGAAGAACGCCUAUGCUCUCAUGAGCAAGCGCCGAUUUGAAUAUGCGGCCGCAUUCUUUUUGCUCGCGGACCACCUGCAAGAUGCUGUAAAUGUCUGCCUGAACCAGAUCAAAGAUCUGCAGCUUGCAAUCGCGAUCGCGCGUGUGUACGAGGGCGAUAACGGACCAGUCCUCCGCAAACUGCUUGAGAAUGAGGUACUGGCCAUUGCGGCUCAGGAAGGAAACCGCUGGCUGGCAUCUUGGGCAUUUUGGAUGCUUGGCCGCAAAGACAUGGCUGUGCGAGCUCUCAUUACGCCUGUCUACACGUUGAUCGAGACCCCCGUUUCGCCCGAUAUGAAGUCCAAACUCUUCCUCACGGACGACCCUGCACUGGUCGUGUUAUAUUCUCAGUUGCGACAGAAGACGUUGCAGACACUCCGUGGUGCUUCCAAGGUGACACCGCAGACUGAGUGGGAGUUUGUUGUGCACAAUGCAAGGCUUUACGAUCGCAUGGGCUGCGAUCUGCUUGGUCUUGAUCUAGUGCGCAAUUGGGAGUUCUUCCGGCCGACAGGACUGCCGCAGAUGCCGUCUUUGGGUGGAGAGCCCGUCAUCGACCCACGCAAGCUGCUGCGGCGCCGCAGCUCACUGGUUGUGGCCGACCUGCCGACGUCGCCCGUGGUGGCAGAGAUGCGGACUGGUGGCGGGGGUUUCAAUGCUCAUGGAGGGAUCAAGCCGCCGCCGAGUGUGUUUGAGGAGCCUGACGCUAAUUCAUUGCUUGAUAGCUUUGGAUUCUAACGUGUGCAGGCGUCCCCUGGCUCACGGUAUUGGGGUCAGAGAAGGUUGAGGCGAGGGCAAUCAUGUAUAUAUCUGUAUGCAGUGUACAUGAAAAACACUAGCCUAUGACCCUCGAGGAUGUGAUCAAGCCCCUAAGUCUAUUAGUCCAGGCCACGAGGCCGAGUUUCUGCAUCGGACGGACCCCUUGUGAUGGCGACGGUGGCAGAUGUGAAUCUCACUGCCGAGCCUGCCAAGGCGGCCGACUGUGGGGAGAGAGUGAGUGAGGAAAUCUGGGGUGCAGUAGCGCCUUGGUAGCACGUGCGAAGUGCUUUGUGGCACCCAUAUAUAUCUUUUUUGUCGACACUCGGCGAUGAAUGCCACGCCUGGCAGUUUUGAUGCCUCUACGUGACUGAAGGCCAUGUGUUCGGUGUUUUCUGUCUGGCUGUUUGCCCUGCAUUGCCUCUCACCCGAGAGAAAUGGCAACAUG